GACCAUUUCCUUAUCUCAACCAAUGAGCAAGCAGUGGGUAAGCACGUGCGCAUGGGAGCUGUAGAUAUGAUACUUUUGUUGAUAUUCUGCAGGAGUCCAAUUUUAGUUUGAUUUUCAGUUCUAUUUUCCGUCUGAGAUUGUUUAGAUUGUAUACAGUCAGGCACAGGUAAAUAGAAUCUGCAUGAGGGGCUGAUGGAAAACACGAGGGAUUUGAUCAACUCUGCUUUAUCAAAAACAGUGUGAAAUAGCGUAGCUGACCCGCAUGACACCGGUUCCUGACACUGACUGAACAUACUCCGCGGUCUGAAAGGAAAAGACGGGACUCCUUCGGGAUGUUUGAUGGCUAUGACAGUUGCAGUGAGGACACAAGUAGCAGCUCCAGCUCAGAAGAGAGCGAGGAGGAGGUUGCUUCAAUGCCAGCAAGCCUACCAAUCAUCAAGAACAAUGGACAGGUUUACACAUACCCCGAUGGCAAAGCAGGCAUGGCAAUAGCCGGGACAGAUGCUUGGAGACAGGCGGGAUCACACCUUCUAAACGUCGGCACGUUAACGUCAAGGCACUACCUUGGAUCAGCAACCUGUGAAAUGUGUGGUAUGGUUGGGGUGAGAGACGCCUUUUACUCCAAAACCAAACGUUUCUGCAGCGUUUCCUGCUCUAGAAGUUAUUCAUCUAAUUCCAAGAAAGCCAGUAUUCUGGCCAGACUCCAGGGUAAACCUCCAACAAAGAAGGCAAAAGUAUUACAGAAACAACCUCUAGUGGCUAAAUUGGCAGCUUAUGCCCAAUACCAAGCAAGUCAACAGAACCAAGCAAAAUUAAAAAUAGGGUUUAAUUGGGGUCAUUACAUUAACAGCAAUAACAGUGUUGGAGCACCUAUUACCUGUUUUAAACAUGUGCCCAUGUCAUCCUGCUGGGGUGACGUAGCUGAAGGUGUAAGGGUAGAAGUACCGAACACAGAUAGUAACCUGCCAACGAAAGUCUACUGGAUAGCAGGGAUUGUCAAGUUAGCAGGCUUCAAGGCAUUGCUCCGGUAUGAAGGGUUUGAUAAUGAUACCAGCCAUGACUUUUGGUGCAAUCUCUGUGUCCCUGAGGUACACCCUGUUGGCUGGUGUGCGACCAGUGGGAAGCCUCUUGUUCCACCAAAAUCAAUUCAACAUAAAUACACAAACUGGAAAGCUUUUCUUGUGAAGCGACUUACUGGUGCCAAAACUCUUCCCCCAGACUUCUCCACAAAGGUACAAGAAAGCAUGCAGUAUCCUUUUAAAGCUUUAAUGCGAGUGGAAGUGGUUGAUAAAACGCACCUGUGCCGGACUCGGGUAGCAAUUCUUGAAACUGUCAUCGGGGGCCGGUUGCGGCUGGUGUACGAAGAGAGUGAGGACGGCACAGAUGACUUUUGGUGUCACAUGUACAGCCCCCUCAUCCACCCUAUUGGAUGGUCUCGAAGCAUUGGGCACAGAUUUAAACGAUCAGAUGUUUCAAAGAAACAGGACGGUCAGAUUGAUGCAUCUCCAGAAUUAUUUAUGAAGGUAAAAGAGGUUGACCAAAAUGGGGAAUGGUUUAAAGAUGGGAUGAAGCUGGAAGCAAUUGACCCUUUAAAUCUCUCUGCAAUAUGUGUAGCUACUGUAAGAAAGGUACUCGCUGAUGGAUACCUAAUGAUUGGGAUUGACGGCUCAGAAGCAGCAGAUGGAUCUGACUGGUUUUGCUAUCAUUCCACCUCCCCUUCGAUAUUCCCUGUUGGCUUCUGUGAAAUCAACAAGAUUGAGCUUACUCCUCCCCGAGGGUACACAAAACUCCCAUUCAAAUGGUUUGACUACCUCAGGGAAGUAGGAUCCAUAGCAGCACCAGUCAAACUAUUCAACAAGGAGGUUCCUAAUCACGGGUUUCGAAAGGGAAUGAAAGUGGAAGCUGUGGAUCUCAUGGAGCCUCGCCUCGUGUGUGUUGCCACUGUGACCCGCAUUGUCCACCGCCUGCUGCGGAUUCAUUUUGAUGGGUGGGAGGAUGAGUACGAUCAGUGGGUCGAUUGUGAGUCUCCCGAUCUUUAUCCUGCGGGAUGGUGUCAGCUGACUGGGUACCAGCUACAACCUCCAGCAGCACAGACCAAUUCAAGAGACAAUCCAACCAGUGUAUCAAAGCAGCAGAAGAAGAAGUCCCAGCAGUACAAAGGACAUAAGAAAAAGAGGAAGAUGCCAGUUGGGAAGAAGCCUGUGGGUUUGUCGAGCCUGCCUAUGACAGGCAUGGUGAGGAGGAGUUUCUCUGGUGAUGAAGAGCUGACUCCCCCUCCAUACCGAACCCUUCCUGCACAGACAGCCCCGGAGGCCUUCCAGCCUCCCAGCACUAGCCGGGAGUUCUGUCCCAGCCUCAAAACAGCAUCUUCACUGCAGAUAAAGGAAGAGUUACUGGAUGGGGAUGAAUUCACCUUCCUACAAGGAGUGUCUGACCAGGAAAGUAAUGGUUCUGGCAGCUAUUACAUCAAACAGGAACCGUAAGACAGCUGAGGGACUUUUGACAAAGCAAAAGCCUUAAUUCUAUCUGUCGUUGUCAGCAUGUGGAUUUCAGUUCUGGACUUCUUCAGCGAGACUCACUGACCUACAAAGAAGAUUUCAUUUCAGAUGUUAAAUAGGUUUCAUAAUAUUUUGCUGAAAGUCUUUUGAACAAUUUGCCAGAUGGACUUUUAAGUUCAUUGUACUUGAAGUUUUCAAAGGUGUUUUGUAACAUUUUCAAAGUUCAAAGUUGUUGUCUACCAUUCACCAAGUUGAUUUGUUUUCAUUUUUUGGAAUUCAGUAAAAGUUUAAGGUAGUUGGGGUGUUAUAAAUUGGUUUGUUUUGAAAUGAUAGCAUGUAGAUGCAAAAUGUUAUCUAAAUCACAAGCCUUACUGGUAUUGGAUGAUAUUGGGUUAAAGGUUUCUACACAUUUCAAAUGCAAACAUUUUUACAUAUAAAUGGUUACUUUUGAUUUAUCUUUUCCUGAUUGAUGUUAAACAGGCUUUAUGUUCUAAACUCACAAUAAUAUAAUGUAAUUAACUUCCAUGUGUCUAAAUUUAAGGUUUAAUUUUUUUGCUGGCUUCCACUAACUUAGUAGGGUUGGCACUGAUAGAGAAAUAUGUGUGGUGCUUGGCCCAAGCAAUCAGUAUCUUUUACCAGUAAAGUUCAAAGAACACAUUCUCAGGAAAUAACUGCAUUAUGUUUUAUAGUUGUGUCUGGGCCAGAGCCUGUUGCUUUCCCAGUUGUCAGUAUUUAGGUGAUGCACAGCACAUCAAAACAACAAAGGGACUUUUUUGGUGUUAAGUUUGAGGGUAGAAAUUCAAUAAUAAGCUUCUAAAGCGAGAAGUGAAUUUCUUGCAAAUUGUAUUGGAUUUGCUUGUCAAUGCUGGUUCUCGAUCUCAGAAAGGUUCCUUUAAGGCUAUAAUAGAAUUCAUUAUUCUGCUUGACGUGGUUGGAUGCUUUUGAAGGAUUAAGAGGACUAUAUAUAAAACAUUUUAAAUACUGCACAUGAAAAUAAUGAUAUAUAGGAUGGUGUAAAAACCAGCAAUGUGUUUAUGACCUUUUAUUUUGAUCAAACCUGUUACCCUAAAUUGGGUUCAUUUAGUUUUUUGAGAGAAAUAAAAAAAGGGGGGGGGGGGGGGUAUAUAUUGACAUAUAUUACAUUCUAUGAAAAAGAUAGAUGCUUUUAUUGUACUAGCAAGUGUCAGAGGAAUGGUUCAGUUUUAAUAUUGAGAGUUUCAUUUUCAGAUGAGCAAUAAAGCUUUUGUAAUAUUCUACCAGCUGGAUUUUAACAAAGGUUUUGUGGUCCAGAUGUUACAUGCUAAUGUAACCAUGGAGGGAACAGGCAUUGAAUUAACAUGUUGCCAUUAAGAUGCAUCAGAAAUGUUAGGGACUGCUGCUUGUGUUUCCUGUUUGUGGCAGCUACAGGUUGUUAAAACUAGUCUUUGAGUUCAAUGUGUUUCUCAUUUAGACCAGGGCUUCCCAAACCCAGCCCUUGGGACCCCCCAGUGUCUUCUGGUUUUCAUUCCAACUGAGUUUUCAAUUAUGUCACUUUAACUAAUAAUUUGCUUAAUCUAACCUUUUUUUAAUUGUUCUCAGCUCCUAAAAAAGUUUCAUAUUUCAAGUUACUUCUAACAUUUUAUCAUUGACUUGAAAUCUGCAACUUUAAAAGCAAGAACAAUUCAAAAGGUAAAAUUAAGCAAAUUAUUAGUUCAAUUGAGGAUUUAGUUAAGUAAAUAGUUAAUCCAAGCAUUUAAAGUUUAACAGUUACAGCGACUUUGAAGCCGAAUAACUUUCAUUAGGUUCCACAUAUUGCUACCAUAUUUUCUCACAUUGUUUUUCAAAUAAAUACAUACAGACAAACCAAAACCUUUAAACCAGUGUUUACUCAGCCCAGGACACUUCCAUUUACAAGACGCGCACAGUAAAUGACUACCAUGUCUACACCAUGCACGCUGUUUUGUAUUACCCCCAGGCCAUAUUCAAGAAGCUGAAAAGAAAGUGGUUUGCUGAUAUAAUUUUUAUUAAAGGUAGAUUAAUCAAACUGUUAAACAGUAUUUUGCUGAACCAGAAGUGUUGUGUUUUUUUUUUUGUUGUUUUUUUUUUUUUAAAACAAACAACAAAAAGCUGGUACAGUGAAAUCUGCAAAGAUGAGCCCAUGGUCCAGAAAUGCCCACGUUGUAUAGGCAGUGAGAAUCUGUAGUUGUGCAACACCUGUUCUUUUGAUACUAACACGGGUCUCUCUUAUGUUUCUGAUGUGAACCCUCUUCCCUCAGUCUUUGUAUUAUGGUGCUAUAUAUUUGAUAUACUGAUAAUCCUUUAUAACUGGGGGAAUGACUUUCAGAAACUGUGAUUAUAGGGGGAAGAUCAGUUUUCUUGUGUACUUGUAUUUUGGAUACAAACUAAAAAAAAUCUUUGUAAAAAUAUAUAUAUGAAAAAUUAAAAAUAAUAAUGACAAAUCAUUUUGUUAGCCACCAUUCGUGGAAAAGUGCUACAUACAGGGGUUUAUACAUCCUUUCCAGAAUUGAUACUGAUAUAUAUAUGUAUGUAGAAUAUGUGUACAGAUCUGUAUUCUUUUCUUUCAUUUUCUUUAUUGGUAAUUUGUGCAGUGAAUCAGAUGUCUCUGAAAAUGUAUAUAAAUAAGUAUAAAAAAAUUGGGGGGAAAAAACAUGUUGAUGUCACUUUUGUUUUUUAUAAACACUGCAAAAAAAUCAGCAUGGGUGUGAAAAGCAUUAAAAUUAAUUGUGUAAAAGAUGAAAAUAAUUCACUAAUAAGACGUUUUUUUUUUUUUACAAUGAAUAAAAUGAUUAUACAAAAUAGUGUUUAUUCUUUGCAUGAAAGUGUCAGUAUCCUAUCGGAUUCCUACAAGCAUUUCCAUUUCUUUUUCCUACUUUUAGCCUGUGAUUGGCCUUGUUGUUACCUAUGUUACAUAAAGCAGCUUUUUUAAAAAAAUUAUAUUUUUUGUAUGGUAUGCUGAUUACUGCACUGCGGUGUAUAGAAAUGAUACCACUGGGCUAUACACCAAACAUACCAGCACAAGGUUAGUAUUCAGAACAGAGGGGGCACUUGCAUGGUGCCUGCCAGUGGCCUGUUUCAUUCGUAUAUAAAGUGGAAAACGGCUGCAUUCGAAAGCCAGCCUACUAGUUGGAAACUAACUACAGCCAAUACUGUCCUGCUUUUUCACAUUUUGUGCAUCAUUGUAUUUUAUGAUAUUCUCUGUCAAAUACAAUAAAAGUGCCAUUACAAUGA